AUGGGAAAUUACAAAUCAAGACCAUCUCAGACGUGCACAGAUGAGUGGAAGAAGAAGGUGAGCGAGUCGUACUCUGUGAUCAUCGAGAAGUUGGAAGAUGACCUCCGGCUCAAAGACAGCGAGGUUGUGGAUCUCAAACUUGCUUUCAGCUGUGAUGAAGCUUUUCAGAAGGUGAACUUGAGCUACCGAACAGAGAAGGGGCUGUCCUUGCUGCAUCUCUGCUGCGUGGUUGGAGGUAACAAAGCCCAUAUCCGCACCCUGAUGCUCAAAGGCCUGCGUCCUUCGAGACUGAGCAGGAACGGAUUCACUGCACUCCACCUGGCUGCUUACAAGGACAAUGCUGAGCUGGUUACUUCAUUACUUCAUGGAGGGGCGGAUGUGCAGCAGGUUGGGUAUGGGGCCCUCACUGCCCUGCAUGUCUCUUCAUUGGCUGGGCACCAUGAGGCAACAGAUAUUCUCCUACAGCACGGAGCUAAUGUGAACGUCCAGGAUGCUGUCUUUUUUACCCCACUCCAUAUUGCUUCCUAUAAUGGCCACGUGCAGGUGGCAAAACUGCUGCUGAAGUUUGGGGCAGAUGUGAAUGCGGGCGGCGAGGUGGGUGAUAGGCCGCUGCACUUGGCUGCAGCCAAGGGUUUCCUCAGCAUCAUUACACUGCUGAUGGGAGAUGGAGGCAAAGCAGACGUGAAUGCUUUGGACAACGAGGAUCACGUUCCUCUCCACUUCUGCGCCCGCUUUGGUCACCAGGAGGUUGUGCGCUUCCUUCUGCAAGGCAACUUUGACGUGCAGCCUCACUCUGUCAACAUCUACGGAGACACACCACUGCACCUGGCCUGCUAUAAUGGCAAAUUUGCAACAGUUAAGGAGAUUAUACAGCUUUCUGGCACAGACAGUCUCUCAAAGGAGAACAUCUUCAGCGAAACAGCACUUCACAGUGCAUGCACCUAUGGUAAAGACCUGGACAUGGUCAAGUUUUUGUUGAGCCAGAGUACUAUGAACAUCAACCAUCAGGGCAGAGAUGGACACACAGCCCUGCACAGUGCUUGUUUCCAUGGCCACAUCCGCCUGGUGCAGUUUUUGCUGGACAGCGGGGCAGACAUGAACCUGGUUGCCUGCGACCCCAGCAGAUCCAGUGGGGAGAAGGACGAGCAAACCUGCCUGAUGUGGGCUUAUGAAAAAGGUCACGAUGCUAUUGUCACUUUACUGAAACACUACAAACGUCCGGAUGACUCCCCCUGCAAUGAAUACUCCCAGCCAGGAGGUGAUGGGUCCUAUGUUUCUGUUCCGUCUCCUCUGGGAAAGAUCAAAAGCAUGACUAAAGAGAAAGCAGAAGUUCUGCUGCUCAGGGCCAGCCUCCCAUCUCAUUUCCAACUUCAGCUGUCUGAGCUGGAGUUUAAUGAAAUUAUUGGAUCAGGCUCCUUCGGAAGGGUUUACAAAGGGAAAUGCAGAAACCAAGUUGUUGCCAUAAAACGCUAUCGAGCCAACACGUACUGCUCGAAGUCAGACGUGGAUAUGUUCUGCAGAGAGGUCUCCAUCCUGUGUCGCCUCAAUCACCCCUGUAUUAUCCAGUUUGUGGGAGCGUGUCUGGAUGACCCCAGCCAGUUUGCCAUUGUCACCCAGUAUGUCUCUGGAGGAUCACUGUUCUCCCUGCUGCAUGAGCAGAAGAGGCUUAUUGACCUGCAGUCCAAGCUCAUCAUUGCCAUCGAUGUGGCCAAGGGCAUGGAGUACCUGCACAACCUCACCCAGCCUAUCAUCCACCGGGACCUCAACAGUCACAAUAUUCUGCUUUAUGAGGACGGACAUGCUGUGGUAGCUGAUUUUGGAGAAUCCAGAUUUCUACAAUCAGUGGAGGAGGACAACAUGACCAAGCAGCCAGGGAACCUGCGCUGGAUGGCUCCAGAAGUCUUCACCCAGUGUACUCGUUACUCAGUGAAGGCGGACAUGUUCAGCUAUGCUCUCUGUUUGUGGGAGCUGCUUACUGGAGAAAUUCCCUUUGCUCACCUGAAACCUGCUGCUGCAGCGGCAGACAUGGCCUACCAUCACAUCCGGCCUCCUGUUGGUUACUCCAUCCCCAAACCCAUCUCUGCUCUCCUGAUGAGAGGCUGGAACGCCUGCCCAGAGGACAGGCCGGAUUUCUCUGAAGUAGUAACCAACCUCGAGGAAUGCUUGUGCAAUGUUGAGCUGAUGUCCCCAGCCUCCAGUAACAGCAGUGGCUCCCUGUCACCCUCCACCUCCUCGGACUGUCUGCUCGGGCGUGGAGGACCAGGCCGGAGCCACGUGGCUGCCCUACGCUCCAGAUUUGAACUUGAGUACGCUCUCAACACUCGCGCCUACGCCUUCUGGACUCAGAGUGAGGGGCGACGUGCAUCUGGAGGCCUUUCACUGGAGGAACUAAGAAGGAACAUGCAGUUUUCUCCUAUUGACCGAAACGGAUAUGUGUCUGAUCCAAUGAGCACGAUGCGAUUCUGCUCUUCCUACAGCAGCAGUGGUAGCUUUGAAGACAGUAACUAACUCAGGAGCU